ACCACGUCUUUUCAAUGAACGCGGAAUAUUAGUGUUAGUUAAGUGUCAAUAAAUUACAGUAGCAGAUAGUAUUGUUUCGUAAUUUGUCGGGGAGAUAAGGAGUUAAUGAGAAAGAUAGCGACUUUCUUUAAUUGAAUGCCCUAAUUACCCAGCUGUUCGAUCUGCAGUCACCCAGUUUUAGGUGCUAUCAAUAAUUAUCAUUCAACACACGUUUUAUCUAUGACGUGAGCUAACAUUAACAAGGUAUAGUUUUGGUUAUUCAAGAUUUUGUUCAAGUAGUUUCUGAGUUUCAGAGAGAUUGGACGGUUGUGUUUGCCGAUCGUGUUGUAAAAAUUCAUGGAUGUUAGAAACAAUAUGUGGCAAUUUAAAGUGAAAACUUUAUUUCUUUUAAUAUCAAUGGUUGGUGAAUGUUGCGCGAUGAAAAGAGAUGUUGAGUUAACAAUCUUGGUAGAUCCAGGUAAACAGGAAUGUUUUUACCAGCAUCUAGAAGAGAACCAGAGCUUGACUCUCGAGUACCUAGUGAUAUCCGGUGGUCAGGGAGGGUUGGACAUUACUUUCAAAGUUUUUAGUCCGGACGGUUUACAGCUUAUUUCUGACUAUAAGGGCUCUGAAGAAAGUCAUCAAUUCAACGUGAAAGACGCUGGUGUGCAUAGUUUUUGCUUGGAUAAUACUUUUAGUGCGUUCAAUCACAAAAUUGUUUUUCUGGCGAUAUAUGUGGAUGAGGCCGACGAGGACUGGUUAAGCUCGAAUGGAAUUUUUGAAGAGGAAAACGACGAUAACAAAAUCAUAAUUGAUUCAAUCAAACAUUCUUUAUUUAAAGCCCAUUCAAGUUUAACUGAGGUUCAGCAAAUUCAAGAUAUGUCAAGGUCUAAUGAAGCAAGAGAUCGGCAUCUUCUUGAGAGGAACAGUUCACGUGUCACUUUGUUCUCAAUUAUUCAAAUAAUUACAAUGAUUUUUGUAAGUCUUGUGCAAGUGUUGGUUGUGAGGGGAUUGUUGGACAGCAAAUCAAAGUUGAGUCGAAUAUGGUCACGUUUAUUCAAUAUCCUCUAAUGUUUAUAAAUUAAAAUUUUAUUUAUUUGAAA